AUGGUCACAUCGGCUGUCCUUUCAGGUUCAUUCGUCUAUCAGCAAGUCCGCAAGGGUGACACAGCAAGUGUGUCUUUCCACAUUCUCAAGCGGUGCACCGGUUUUGCCGGUUGUCUCUUCGCAUCUUCCAAGAUAGCGAAAGCAGCGAUGGCGGACACUACCAGCUCACUCUCUACAAAUCUUUUCCCAGCUGCAGUACUCUCAGAAGUGGCUAUUUUGGUGGCUACUUUUGUGGGAGAUGGUGUCGGGUCUGGCAUGAGUGCCUCUGGUUACUACGCACCAUUCAUGAUCUUCGCUUCAGCAGCCAUGACCAUCGCCGUUGAUUUCCUUGUCCCUGCCCAUUCACUCGAGGCUCCACAUGAACUCCGCGCUAGCGAUGCAGGCACCGAGUGUGUUUCACAAGCUCAGCCCCUGGACCCCGCUGCGUAG